UCCUCAGCGCGCGCCCAAAGGGACAGUUGAUAUUUUGUUGCAGCUGUAGCUGGGUAUGAUGCAUUUUGUCUGAAAAAGCAUAUAUCGUGCCCCAUCGGUCAGCCUUUAGACACAGACCGAGUCACGUGAAAAGACAGAGAUGUCCGGUUUCAGCUCUGAGCUGAUAGACUACCUGGAGGGUCGGAUAACAUUUGAGGAGUUUGACCAGCGGAGGGAUGAGCGCAAAACCAAGGAGUCAGCGGUUUCAGCUGAAGGUGUGGAGGAUGAUGCUCAGCCCUCGACAUCGGCACAACCCCUGGGAAACAUCGAAGAGGGAGUCAGCCCGGGGGUCCAGCAGGCCUUUGCCUCAAUGUUGGGAGAAAAGCCAGAACCACCAUCUUCAGAUGAGCAUGAGGAGGGAGAGGAUGACAGCUUUAGCUAUGUUGAUGAUGAAGAUGAUAACGACUACCGGGCGGAAGAAGAGGAGAAAGUGAGGAUGGAGAUGAAGGAGACAAAGAAGAGACAGAAGUGGCGGGGGAAAGGAGGAAGAGGACGGAGGGGCAGGAAAAAGAGAGAGUUGGAGGAGGAGGAUGUGGAAGAGGAUCCGACAGUGGGGGAUGUGUUUGAGCUGGAGAUGGAGCUGAACCGAGAAAACAAGAAGAUGAUGAGGGAGCGGCGUCAUCGCAGCAAGCUGCCCCGAGCUCUGAGAGGCUUGAUGGGAGAAGCCAACAUCCGCUAUGCCAGAGGAGAGAAAGAGGAUGCCAUCUUGAUGUGUAUGGAGAUCAUAAGACAGGCUCCUUUGGCCUAUGAGCCAUUCUCCACAUUGGCCAUGAUCUACGAGGAUGACGAAGACAUGGACAAAGCGCUGCAGUUUGGUCUGAUCGCUGCCCACCUGAACCCUUCGGACUGUGAGGAGUGGAUUAGACUGGCAGAAAUGUCUCUGGAGCAGGACAACAUCCGACAGGCCAUUGUCUGCUACUCAAAAGCCAUUAAGUACGACCCCACCAACGUGCGCUACGUGUGGGAGCGCUCCAGCCUCCACAUGCGUCUGGGCGAGCACAAACAGUGCAUGGAUGGCUACCGCAGGAUCUUAUCACUGCUGCCGAUGGAAGACGGAGAGCACUUCAUGCAGCUCUCCAAGGACAUGGCCAAGAGUUACUAUGAGAGUAAUGACUUACCUUCAGCUCUGGGUGUAAUAGAGGAAGCUCUGGAGCGACACCCCAGCCUGGUCAGUGAUGACUUCAUUAACAUGGCAGCUGAGCUCUACAUCGCUAACCGCCAGUACAACAAGGCCCUGCAGGUCUUGGUCCAGUUUGCAGGUAUAGAUUUGGUAAAGGAUGAAUCUAAAUCAGGGUGUGAGGAACCAAGACAACAAGAGAGAGUGGCAGAGGAAAUGCCUGAGGAGCAAGACGAGAACAAUGAAGAAGACACAAAGUCAAAGACUAAGGAAGAAAUAGCUGUUGAAGAGAACUGGGAAAUUAAAGAUGUACAUGUACCAGACAACGUUCCAGUGGACCUUAGGGCCAAGCUAACUGUCUGCCUCAUACAUCUGCAUGUCGAAACACCCCUGGAGGGGCUAGUGUCAUCGCUGAUGGAGCAGAAUCCAGAGGAGAUUGGUGACUUGUACCUGGACGUAGGUGAAGCCUACCUAGAGGAGGGCAAGUACAUGACUGCUCUGCCUUUGCUAUCUGCCCUUGUCAUAUCCGAGAAGUACAAUCUGGCUGUCGUCUGGCUCCGACACGCAGAGUGUCUGAAGGCACUGGGCCACAUGGAGGUGGCAGCACAGAGCUACACUAAGGUGGUGGACAUGGCUCCGCAGCACCUGGAGGCUCGGCUCUCCCUGGCCACCCUGCAGCAGCAGCUGGGCCGGCCCGAGUGUGCCCUCAAGGCGCUGGAGUCCAUGUACGACAGCGAAACGCUAGCACAGGACUCGUCGGCUGCCCAAAAGGAAUUAAAGCUUCUGCUGCAUCGUUCGACACUGCUGAAGACUCAGGGACAGACGCAGGACUACCUGGAUGCUAUGAUCACUAUGAUCUCCAUGCUACUCAAGGUGGCCAUGCAGCGAGCUAAGGUGUGUGUGCGUUCUGUAACCGUGUCGGGCAAAAAUCACCUGAGACUGGUGAAGGCCAUUCUGCCAGAGAUCGCUGACCACGAAGCUGCCUAUCUGGACAACACUGGUAAAACCAAUGUUCUGUCCAAAGAAGACUGGUGGCAGCUGCUGGUGAGCUGCGCGCUGACACUGUGUGAGGUGCAGCGCUACGAGGAGGCCGAGCUGCUGGUCGAGUCCGCCAUGGAGUUCUACUCCUUCUACGACAACAAGCCCAGGAGGAAGGAGAUGGAGUGCUUCGGCCUGUCCGCCACCAUCCUCGAUCACAACUACUACAAGGCCUACAACUACAUCAGAUUGAUGCUAAUGGAAAAUGUGGAUCGGCCUCAGCUUUGGAAUAUUUUUAACCAGCUGACCAUAACCUCCCAACACCAGCGUCACCAUCGCUUCUGUCUGCGUCUGUUGUUAAAAUAUCCCGAUAACCACGCCUUGUGCGUCCUGUGCGGACACAAUGCCAUGGUGUCGGGGAGCUUCAAACACGCUCUGGGCCAGUAUGUUCAGGCCUUCCAGACUCACCCCAAAAUCCCACUCCACAGCCUAUGUGUGGGUCUCACCUUUUUCCACAUGGCAUCUCAGAAGUUUGUCGCCAAACGUCAUACACUGGUGCUGCAGGGUUUCUCCUUUCUUUGGCGGUACGUGGACCUCCGUGGAGUGUGUCAGGAGAGCAUGUACAACCUGGGCAGAGCGCUGCACCAGAUAGGCCUCACACAUUUGGCCAUACAUUACUACCAGAUGGCACUCACACUGCCUGCUCAGAAACUUGAGGGUAUCCCUGAUGAUCAUCUAGAUUUGAGGAGAGAGAUUGCCUUCAACCUCUCUCUCAUCUACCAGGCUAGCGGGAACAUGGAGAUGGCCCACCAGCUCAUCAAGACACACUGCAUUGUUUGAAAAAUGCACACAAAACGAUUCAAAAACGAUUCAUCUACUUUCAGUAGUUUUCAGACUCCAUGCAUGUACUGCCUUGUAAUUGGGGGGGGGACUCAAAAAAGAUGUAUUUAUGAAUACUAAUGCAAAUAAAUAUGUUUAAUGAACAAAUAACAAAAUCAGAAAUUCAUACAAAAAUAUGUAAAUGCAUAAGUGAAUCGAUGAAUAUAUGUUGAUAACAAAUUCAUAAAAUAAAAUAAAAAUUUCAUUUAUUUCUACAUCCAUGGUAUGUUAUGUACAUUUUGUAUUUCUAUAAUUGUAUUUAUUGAUUUCUGUGUGUUAAGAAACCAAUCGUGCUACAGUGAAAUUAGAUGCUACUAAUUUCACUGUAGCACUUUCAGCUUUAUUACGAGCUGAAUGAAAUAUCAUCUACCUCAUUAACUGUAAUGUAGAGAUACAGAAAAUACUGAAAGUUAGAGAUGUAUCAAUAACUUUAUUUUAUCAUAUCGGUCUAUUUUAUAUGUAUUUUGAAUGUAUGUAAUUCUAGAUGUAAUUCCACUAUUGCAUUACAUGU